AUGUGUACAUUCAGUUCCUUGAAACAAGGAGGCAAUCAAAGGACACGGAAGGAAAGCAUCAAUCUAGCACAGCACGAGCGCCAGCUAGACUUCUUGAUCCAGCCAUCGGCUUCUUUGGCCACCGAUGACACCAGUCAGGAACAGAUGUGCUCAAACCAGCGGUCUUCACUCCCACCGGACGGCAGAUAUGAUAGUGGGCAAGGACAAGGACAGAAGCUGCUUCCAGAACUUUCAACAGACAUUCCACCAAACUUUGACCCGUCUUUUCUAGCGAGAUUGAGUCAGCAAAUAAGCGACCAGGAUGGGGAUGCUCUCUCCGACCUUACUCUCUCACCGUUUCCUUUCUUCUCCACAUCUGGAAAUCUUCUAUCACAGCCAGUAAACUCAGGAGGCAAGCUACCACAUCACCUCUCAUCUACUAGAAAAUCCCUAGAUUUGCCUGUCUUUGAGAUCGGCACUACGGCUACUUCCACAUCCCUACACACCUCCGCCCUAUUCUUACCUCAAACACCACCCACACAAUCAUGCCAGUGCCUGGCUGCAGUCGUUUUUGCCGUCGAAGAAUUCGAGACCAGCUGCAACACCGAGAACCGAGCCGAACUCGACUCCAUAAUCGCAUACCAGAAAAAAGCCAUCAAGUGCUGUCGUUCGAUGAUCAACUGCACCAGCUGUACAAGCAAGAGGGAGAAUUUCGUCCUGCUGGUCUUUAUCACGGAGAAAAUCGUCGCGGUCUGUGGGCAAAUCGUUGUGCUGUAUAGCAUGAAAAAUGGCACACCCGGCACCCAGGCUGCUUCAGGACGAUCAUCGUUGCGGGGCUACGAUCGCCUUCUUGAGGAUUGGGAUUUCGACACAUCCGCCUCUUCCUCUUCAUCCGGCUCACUCAAGCCAGCGUCUACACGCAUGUUGUCGGAUUGGCGAGAACUCCUUCUGGGUGACUACGAGGUCAGUUCGCAGCUGGAAUGGGAGGGCGGUGAUGGAGUUGUUGGCGGAUAUGAAGAAGGUGGGUGGUGA